AUGUCUUGCACAGAAGCCACCUCAACGGGGGAUAAGAUUAAUCGAACGGCAGAGUGCAGCGCAAGCUCGAUAGAAAUGUCAUUAUACUGCCGUGGAAUGCGUGCCGUGCGCAACAUCAUCUACAAUCUUAACAAAACGAACAAACCAAUCGUCAUUGUACGCGGCUUGGAAAUUGUACCAUCGCGUAGCUCUACGGAUGCGACGGACGAUAUAAAUACAAAUUAUGUCAAUGCCGGCAAUGUCGACAAUGGUGUCAACGAUAAAGACGACACACUUGUUGGCCGCUUUUCUGCUUACCUGCGAACGCAUGAGUUGAAUAUCAAAUUUUCGGAACUACUUGCUGACAUUGAAGCAUUCAAUUUCGUGAGAUGGUUUUGCCAGAGAUCACGUGCCAAAUACGAUUCAGUCUCGUCAGCAAGUACCUCAGAAGCCCGGAAAAAGGAUAAAGGACAAGGAGCAAUGAUGAUGAUGGCAGUAAUGUUUUCAAAAAUGAUGGCUGUUAUGGGUAUAGGUGGAGUGGGCGCUUUAGCUAUGAAAGCUUUAGGUGUUGCUAUGACAGCUCUUGUACUGGCCGGCAUAAUCGGCAUGAAGUCGCUAAUGUCCCACGGCCAUGAAUCCAGUCAUAGCGUUCAGUAUUUAACAGCUGACGGUCAUCAUCAUCGACGACGACGACGACGACGCAGUAGCAGCGGUAUUAUCAAUGUUUUAAGUGAAACAUUGCACAACAAAUCGGAUACUGGGAUAUGGAAUUCUCAGCCCCUAGCGUACAGGGGGUGGCCGCAAGAUUAA